AUGCCGAAAAUCCGGACUCUCGGCCGCAACAAGAAGCCUCCUGAGGGGUGGGAGUUGAUCGAGGUGACCCUGUUGGAGCUGAACCGGAAAAUGCGGGAGGCGGAACUGGAGCCCCACGAGGGAAAGAGGAAGUGCGAGUCCACGUGGCCGAUCUUCAAGCUCCACCACCAGCGCUCCAGAUACAUCUACGACUGCUACUACAAAAGGAAGGCGAUCUCCAGUAGGUCUUGCGUAGACACAGGAGUCUUUGCAAAACUGGACGGCGCGUCGCUGCUCGGCUCUAGGAAGCGAGCGGCGUCUGUCGGAGAGUCGGGUUUGGCGGACGACUGGACGGGGAGCGAUGAAGUUCGUUCAUUGGGGUUCUUUGCCAUCCAGCAUUUCGGAGGCAGACGCGGGGCUGUGGCGUUUCAUCCUGAGUCGCAGGAACUGUACGAGUACUGCCUGCGAGAAGGUUACGCGGAUGCGAAGCUUAUUGCAAAGUGGAAGAAACCAGGAUACGAGAAACUCUGCUGCUUGCGUUGCAUUCAAGCGUCCGACCAAAACUUCUCCACUACCUGCAUCUGCCGAGUCCCGAAAAACUGCCUAGCCGACACUCAACAGAACAUUCAGUGUGUCCACUGCGGCUGCAGAGGCUGCGCGAGUGGUGACUGA